GAGCAUCGGAAUGUGUCAAAAUCACAUUGAGUCCGAUGACUGUGAAGUGUUUGGAAGUUUUCGAGGAGGUUCUCCUGCAGAUCAUAUGAUUUAACCUCAGAUAUCCGAUCCAGGAUGAACAGAUUCGAGUACCGGGAGUCCAGGCUAAUGCCCCAUGAGGGCUACGUCCGGAGGGAUCAUCCUGUGAGGCUGUACGAUGGGGACACGAAGACGAACUUUGCUGGUGGAGAGGUCGUGUUGACGAGUCACAGACUGAUCUGGGGACGUCCCCAGGACGUUGCCCAGGGUCAGGUCUGUCUGUCACUGUCACUGAAGCACGUAGUCUUCUUCGAGGAAGACAGUGCAAGGGUUUUCUCCUUCAACAGGAGUAGAAAGGUGGUUUUGCACUUGGCAGAGCCUGCACCAGACAAAUUACCAGGGCCAGUGGACACCAGCUUCCACAUGUACAUAAAAUUGUCUUUCAAAGAGGGCCUGGACCCCAGGUUUCUCUCAGACUUCGCCGAGGCGAUAAUGAAGAGGACCUGGGAGAUAAUGCCGAUGAUUCCGACGAUAUCGAUGUCCGAAAUGAGUAUUCAGAGCCCACCAGGAGCUGCCUCUCAGCUGCCAACGAUAAAAACAAGAACUGGAAUCAUUGGGAUUGAGCGGAGUCUUCAGGAACGCCAGAAGGCCACCGACAACAGCAUCUCCAUGGCCUUCCAGGAUCUCCGGAAGCUCAUGGAGAUGGCGAAGGACAUGGUGACGAUAUCGAAGACGAUAUCAGCUAAGAUAAGGGAACGACAGGGAGACAUCACUGAGGAUGAGACUGUGAGGUUUAAAUCGUAUCUGAUGAGCAUGGGCAUUGAUGAUCCUGUCACCAGAGAUGCGUACAAAACCAGUAAUGAGUACUUUAGACAGCUUGCUGUGCAGCUUUCGCAGAUAUUGGAGGAACCAUUGAAAGAAGUUGGGGGAAUGAUGACGUUGACGGACGUUUAUUGUCGAGUGAACAGAGCCAGAGGUCUGGAGCUCUUGUCACCAGAGGAUUUGCUCAAUGCAUGUCGACAGCUAGCACCACUGAGCCUCCCAGUGGUACUCAGGGUGUUUGAUAGUGGAGUUAUGGUGCUACAGGCUAGGUCACAUGAUGAUAAUGCUGUUGUCGAGGCUCUUGUUGAAUUGCUGAGAGAUAGAGGCUCAAUCACUGCCGAAGAAUUAGCCCAGUCAGUAGGAAUCUCCAUCGUCCUCGCACGAGAGAGACUCCUGGUGACUGAGAAGCAUGGAAGGGCCUGCAGAGAUGACACAAUCGAAGCCCUGAGAUUCUACCCAAAUCUGUUCCUCGAAGAAGUUUCUUAAAUCAUGAUUUCUUCCCCGAAAAAUAAUGUUUAUAUUUUUCUGAUAGAUUGCAAAUGGCUAUUUGCAAACAAAGAAUGAUUUGCUGUGCUCUUUGAGAUUUUAAAUGCCUGUCGAGAAAUUUUCUAACAGGCUGAAUAAACAAAUGUAUUUUACGAAAAAGUUAA